UGUUUGCUGCUGGCAGCCCAGGCAGAAACAUCACUUGGCUGAGUUGUAUGGAACAUCUGACAGCGAUUCUACAGCACAACAGUCAGCUGGAGAAGCUUCCAUCUAUAUAGGAAUCUCAAGCAUGGUUAUGAUCCAGUACAACUCGUUAGAAAGUUAUUUCAAUUCUCAGGAAGGUGUUCUCACACACGACAACAGUGGAAGGGUAGAGAAUAUGUUAAAGUUAUGGAUUAUUGAAGCCCAGGACCUGCCAGCCAAGAAGUCCUUGUGUGAGUUAUGCCUGGAUGAUGUUCUUUACGCACAAACUACCUGUAAACUGAAAACUGACAAUGUCUUUUGGGGGGAGCACUUUGAAUUUAAUAACCUCCUGUCGCUCAAUAAAAUUACCAUGCACUUGUACAAAGAGACCAACAAGAAAAAGAAGAAAGACAAAAGCAACUUCGUCGGGCAGCUUAAGGAAGUACAGGUUGGAUGAAAGAACUGUAAGGUGAAUAGAAAACUGGCUGGAUUGUUGAGCUUGUAAUCAAUGGCUUGAUGUUUUGUUGGUAGCCAAUA